AUGGUAAAGCUCGUGGAGUACGCAGAUAGCUCAGAUGACGCCCUGGACAAUGAUUCGAAUGAUGGCAGUCAAUGGUCAUCCUUUGGUGAGAUUCCGUCGAGUCCUAGCGAUUCGUUCUCGUAUCCCAUGGAGUCUCUUGACAGUGAAGAUGAAGAUGAAGAUGAUGCUGCUUCUAGAGCAUCUCUGGAUAUUUCUGGAUCUGUUACAAGCUCGAUGGGUACAGAUGACUUGAAUCCUGAUAAUAACAUGGAUGAGAAAUCACUUGAAGAAGAAGAAGAAGAAGAAGAAGAGAAUUGUAAUUUUGACAAUUUUGACAAUCACGAAACUGUCAAGAAUGUCAAGAAUAAGCAAAAUGACGAAGUUUGUUACGCAUGGAAAGAAUUACAAACUGCUUUUGAAAUAAAUGCAUUUAAAAAACGUGGUGUGGACACAUUAUAUCGUGGGGAUGAACCUAUGGUACUGGACGAGAAGACAGAAAAACAGCAGCAGGUCACUCAAGACAAUGAGGUCAAAAUUAGCUCCACUCAUUUAAAUGGUGAGACGGAACAGUCGAGUUUUCCAGCAUUUUUUACCCCUGGGAUUGCAAAACCAAAAACAAUACGAUCACAACGACGAAAAAUGCCAACAAAGACUCACCCAACCGGAGUAUCGCCGCAAUUUUCGACGUUAUUUACUGGAAAAGAACAGCAACAAGAUUUAAUGGAUACUGAUUUGUUUUCAAUGCAAAAUGUGGAGCCAAGUACUGAGAAAUACACAAACAUUCAACAAGUGAAUGGACAUCAGCCUUCGCAAAUGGAGACUCCAACUGUUUCGUUACGAGUAAAGCAGACAGAGGCCAAGACACCAGGUUUUACAUUUGGAAAACCAGUAGCAGCAGCGUUUGGAGAGUCAGGUGAUGAUACGCAUAUGCGUAGUCCAAGCCCAAAACGUACCGCUGCUGCGGCAUCUUUUGUCCCAAUUGAAGGUGGUUUUACGCUUGGACAAAGUGGUAAAAAUUCCAAGCCUUACAAAUUUUGCAAUUUUGGAAGUAGUGGCAGCGAAGCAGCUAUUUUUUCGGCAAAAACAACAUCAAGUACCAUGAACGAUGGAGAUAACGCUUGCAUGCGCAGCCCAAGCGCGCAUGAGAAACCUGCAAGCCAAAAGCCGACGACCGUUUUUACUCCAAGCAGAGCACCACCAACCGGUGUGUCAGGAGUCUUAUGUGGAACAAGUAAAGAUCCCGUUGGCGACACUUCAUCCGGUAGUUUUGGCACAAAUCGCGCAUCUACAGCAGCUUCUACGUUCUUUAGUACUGGAGUCGUAGGACGAAACUCAGACCGUCGGAAGAAGAAGGGCUCAUCGUGCUCAACCUUUGCACCGAUCUUAGAAAGUAACUCGAGCAAAUCCCAGUUUUUUGCCUCGUCAUCGACAAUUGGAUCCUCCAUUUCCCAGUCAGCAACAGCCACUAGCCAGCAAUCCAAUACAAUGUUUGCGAGUGGCGAGAGUAGCGAGCGGCCGAGUAAUAUGGCCUCAGCUGUACCCUUUAAAAAAUCAUUCGUCACAAGCACAGGUGGACCGGGUGCAUUUAAGAACCCAAACGCUAAGACUGUUCCGGAGGCAUUCCCGAACACGGAUUUAUUUACAUUUCGAACUGAUGGAUCUGGCUCAGCUUCAAGUUCAGCCGCACCGACGAUGUCAGGCGUUCCCGGGCAAGUUUCGCGGGACGAAGCCGUCUUUUGUGAUUUGUUUGGAUUCGGGGGUGCAAAGACCAACAUGCCAACAAAAGGAGCCACUUUUCACUUUCCAGCUGACAAUAUAUCAUCUGUAACCGUUGGUAGCUUCCAAAUUGGUUGUCACGAUGCUCGAAAGAACCCGCGAGUGCGCACCAGGAAAAGCGGAGUGUUUACACACAAGAACAGUCCAAGGAAGGAUGCCAAGGUAGGCGCUGCCGAGCCGGAGCCAUCCCCCCGCUUUGGUUCGGCAUCCUCAUCGACGCCAUCUCUAUUCAGCAUACACCAUAGACGCACUCGCAAGAAUGCGCGUCUAGGAAAAUGUGAGCGCAGUCCUCCCGCAGAUCCGUCUGUGAAACGCACUUUUCAGUGCGAUAGGUCUUCACCACCAUCUGAUGGACAGCUUCAUUCUCAUGCGGUAAAACCUACGGCAGCGACAGGUUUUGGUUCUUCUAUCGGGGCCACGUCUGCAAGUAACAAUGGUUUUGGUGUUAAAACAGCUCAGCAACAAGAUCAAAGCAGUGACCCCGGAGUUCUCUCUUCCCAUCCACAGCAAGCCAUAUCCAGUACAUCGCAACCACAAAACUCAAAUCAUUCAUCAAUAUUCCGGCGAAAUGGAUCGAGAAAAUCUACACAGAUUCAGCAAACUAGCAACGGUGCUGGAUCGCGCCGAAUCCUCCGAGCAGCCCUUCGAAGUGUUGGUGUUAGUGGAGAUCGUCCGGGCUCAGCGCCACCCACCAUGACCAAUUAUGAUGAGGGUGACGCUGAAAUGGACAGCGAUGACAAACAGGACUGGUUCGAAUUGAAGCGUCUUGGUGGUGUUGCUUACUUUUCAAAACAAUAUGAAGACGCAGCCGAGUACUACCGUCAAAGUAUUGAGCUUCUAGAGUCGCUUUCUGAUGAAGACACAGUCAUCAAUACGGCCGAGAUGAGAGCUAAUAAGGCAAAGCUCCACGCGAACCGAGCGGCAUCUCAGAUGAUGCUGAUGCAGAUAGCUGAAGCACAGCGCGAAUGUCGGCGAUCAAUUGAGGUGGACGCUACGUAUGCACGCGCAUAUCUUCGACUUGGUCGUAUUCAAGUGCUACUUGGCGAUACUGCUAACGCACAGGCAAACACUGAUACUGCGAGGCAUUUGAUGGAAGGGCUUGACAAUAAAGUAAGCAGUGGUGACGAAGCAGAUUACGCGUCGCUUACCAAGAUGGAAGCAAACAUCAAGAAAUUGACGACGUUACAAGGUGAGAUCAAGUGGUAUGUCGAUAAUGAAGACUUCGAACAAGCUCUCGUGCAGGCCAAUCUAGCUUUGGCACUUGCACCAUACUCUCGAAAGUUACAGGUUGAGAAGGCUCACAUUCUACUUCGCCAACAAAAACUUGAUCAGAUUAUUGAGUUUUUUACUUCUAUUAUCGAGAAACAACAAGGAAGUCAGGGGAAAAUGUCUAUUCCAGCGAGCACAAGCGAAGCGAACACGAAACCGCUGAAGGAUAAAACUGUAGAAAAGAUUGCCAUGAUUGGGAUUGAGCUCGGUUUGUUAUGGGCAACCACGCUGCACUACCAGAAUAAAGUCGAAGACGCUGUCCAGAUACUUGACGCGCUGGAAGUUGUGGCGCCUUGCAGCUCCCAUGUGAUACAGCUGAAAUGGCAGUGGCACGAUAUGAAGCAGCUCAAGCAUGAUGGCAAUGAACGCUUUAAACAAGGAAAGUAUCAAGAGGCCGUGCGAUUUUAUUCAGAGGCGAUGCAGAUUGAUCCGCAGCACCAGGAAUACUGCGCAGUUAUUUAUUGCAACCGUUCGGCUGCUCAGAUGGGAUUGGAACAAUAUCGUACUGCGGUCUACGAUUGCAACGAGGCACUGAAACGAAAACCAAAUAUGCCGCGCGCCCUGCUCCGUCGAGCCCGUUGUUAUGUUGCGCUGAAGAUGUAUUAUGAAGCAGUGAAGGACUUUGAGCAAUAUUUGCGUGAGCAACCUGGUACUGUGCCAGCUGAUGCGACAUCCGAUGUUCGUCGAGAAUGCAACGAGGCAAAGGCAGCUAUAGCUAAAGCCCGAGAAGAAGUUAGACAGCGGGAGGCGGCAAAGAAGCGUACAGAGCGCCAACAACGCCACCAAAACUCACGACAGCGGACAGAAUCAUCGUGGAAUGACAGCAAAUUUUACGGUAACUACCGGCGAGGUGCAAAUAGCAACAACAGGGGCGGUUAUGGUAGCAGCAGAUUUCAGUCGUCAGGUGGCAGUAGCAGGGCUUCAUAUAUGGCGCCUAAGACUCAGCACCGCACAUAUUACGAUGUUCUUGGAAUCGAAAAGACAUCGACGGUCCACCAAAUUAGGAAAGCGUACCGCAAGCUUGCGCUUGUGUAUCACCCAGAUAAAGCGAAGACAUCGGCCUACGGUGAUUUGUUCAAAGAGAUGACAGCUGCGUUUGGUAAUUUCUACGAGAAUUAA